AUGGCCGCAGCCGCACUGGGACAGCUUUGGACCCGCAAAUGUCUCCCUGUCCCGUGGCUUCUGUGUGGUUCCAGAAGAUGUGUCUCUUCCAGCUUCAAGGCUGCAGAUCUGCAGCUGGAAAUGACGCAGAAGCCUCAUAAGAAGCCCAGCCCCAGUGAGCCCUUGGUGUUUGGGAGGAUUUUCACAGACCACAUGCUUAUGGUGGAAUGGACCGGGAAGAAGGGCUGGGGCCGGCCCCAAAUCAAGCCCUUCCAGAACCUCACACUGCAUCCGGCCUGCUCAGGCCUCCACUACUCACUGCAGCUCUUUGAGGGCAUGAAGGCAUUCAAGGGCCCUGACCAGCAGGUGCGUCUCUUCCGACCCUGGCUCAACAUGGAGCGUAUGUUACGCUCUGCCCAGCGCCUCUGCCUGCCGAGUUUCGACAAAAGCGAGUUGCUGGAGUGCAUCCGCCAGCUCGUCCAAGUGGACAAGGAUUGGGUUCCAGAGGAUGCUGGUACCAGCCUCUAUGUUCGGCCUGUGCUUAUUGGGAAUGAGCCCUCACUGGGCGUCGGCCUCUCCACGGAAGCCCUUCUGUAUGUCAUCCUCAGCCCUGUGGGCUCCUACUUCCCAGGAGACGCCGUGACUCCUGUCUCCCUCCUGGCAGACCCAACUUUCGUCCGGGCCUGGACGGGUGGGGUUGGCGACUGCAAGCUGGGCGGGAACUACGGGCCCACAGUGUUUGUACAGCAGGAGGCGAAGAAGAGGGGCUGUGAGCAGGUCCUCUGGCUGUACGGGCCAGACCACCAGCUCACAGAGGUGGGCACCAUGAACAUCUUCGUCUACUGGACCCACGAGGACGGGGUGCUGGAGCUGGUGACCCCCCCACUGGAUGGUGUCAUUCUGCCCGGAGUCGUCAGACAGAGCGUCCUGGACCUGGCUCAGACCUGGGGUGAGUUCCGGGUCACUCAACGAAAGAUCACCAUGAAGGAGCUGCUGCAGGCGCUGGAAGAGGGGCGGGUGCGGGAAGUCUUUGGCUCGGGCACUGCCUGUCAGGUCUGCCCGGUGCACCAAAUCCUGUACCAAGGCAAGCAAAUUCACAUUCCCACCAUGGAAAAUGGGCCCGAGCUUAUCCUCCGCUUCCAGAAGGAGCUGAAGGCGAUUCAGUACGGAACAAGAGCUCAUGAGUGGAUGCUCACGUGCAAUAUGAAGAAAAGGCCGGGUGCCGAGAUGCCUGGAUCUCCAGCGCCCCCACGUGGUCUCUACAUCCCAAAGCCAUAA